CGGUACCGGGCGCAGGUCGGCAGGGGCUGGACGCGCGGCCGGGCCCGUUCCUGGCUGGUGGCGGCGGCCGGCCGGUCCCUCUCGCCGCAGGGCCCGGGCCCAGCAUAGCCUUCGCUGGCCGCCGCGGCGCGCCCGACGGGCCGGAUUUCACCGUGCUCAAGCGGCUGGCGCGAGACCAGCUCAUCUACCUGCUGGAGCAGCUCCCUGGGAAGAAGGACCUGUUCAUUGAGGCAGAUCUGAUGAGCCCCCUGGACCGAAUCGCCAAUGUCUCCAUUCUCAAGCAACAUGAAGUGGAUAAGCUGUACAAAGUGGAGAACAAACCCAUCGUUAGCACUAGUGACCAGUUGUGCUUCUUAGUCCGGCCACGGAUCAAGAACAUGAAGUACGUUGCUGAUAUUGUCAAUGCUGACAAGACGAUGGGGAGGAGCCGGAAGUACAAGAUUAUCUUCAGCCCCCAGAAGUUUUACACCUGUGAGCUGGUGCUGGAAGAAGAGGGAAUCUAUGGUGAUGUGACCUGUGAGGAGUGGGCUUUCUACCUGCUCCCCCUGGAUGAUGAUCUCCUCAGCAUGGAGCUGCCUGAGUUCUUCCGGGAUUACUUCCUGGAAGGGGAUCAGCGCUGGAUCAGCACAGUCGCACGAGCUCUGCAGUUGCUGAACUCCCUCUUUGGGCCUUUCGCUAACACCUAUGGGAUUGGCAGGUGUGCCAAGAUGGUCUAUGACGUGUGGCGAGAGCUGGUGGAGGAGAGCGAGGGUGACAGCCAAGCCAGGAGGCCUGAGAUCAGCCAUGUCUUCCUCAUGGACCGAGAUGUGGAUUACGUCACGGCGCUCUGCUCCCAGGUGGUGUAUGAGGGGCUGGUGGAUGACACGUUCUGCAUCAAAUGUGGGAGCGUGGAUUUUGGGCCAGACGUCACCUCCUCUGACAGGAGCUUCAAAGUGCUGCUCAAUGCCCAGGACAAGGUCUUCAGCGAGAUCCGGAACGAACACUUCUCCAACGUCUUCAGCUUUCUGAGUCAGAAGGCACGGAACCUGCAGACGCAGUACGACCGCCGUCGUGGGAUGGACAUCAAGCAAAUGAAGAACUUUGUCUCCCAGGAGCUGAAGGGGUUAAAGCAGGAGCACCGUCUGCUGAGCCUGCAUAUUGGUGCCUGCGAGUCCAUCAUGAAGAAGAAAACCAAGCAGGACUUCCAGGAGCUGCUAAAGACUGAGCACGCUCUCCUGGAGGGGUUUGACAUCCGCGAGAGCACCAGCUACAUAGAAGAGCACAUUGACCGGCAGGUCUCCCCCAGCGAGAGUCUGCGCUUAAUGUGCCUCCUGUCGGUCACGGAAAAUGGGCUGAUCCCUAAGGAUUAUCGCUCCCUGAAAACCCAGUACCUCCAGGUGAGUGUGAGAGUGUGUGUGUGUGUGCGUGUGGAAGGGAGAGCAUGUGUGUGGGAUGCGGGGAGGACCCUGGCUGGAGGGAACGAGAAGCAAGUGAGGAAGGAGCGGAAGGGAGCAGGCUGCCUCUAUGCCAUCAUUCCCCCCUCCUGA